AUGACCCUGCUGCAGCUGACACUGCAUUGCCAGGAACCCGAAUUUGGGAAGUUUCCUCCGUUCCAAGAGCAAAGCGAGACAUUUUCUUGUUUGGAAGCCUACAUAACGUUGACAUCUAAGAGCUCAAGAUUUACUGUUGAAACAGAGAUUUUGAAGAUGUCAGGGAGGCACUCAGGUCAAGCUGUUGCUGGAGCAGGAAAUGAGGAGGGCUCUCCUACUGUCAAUGUCAAGUACUCCAGCUUCGGAGACUUCUGUUCCACAUCUUCAUUUCAAGACAGUGGCUACAGUGAGCUGCUAAAAUCAUGCAGCUUUGAGAAUACAGAUAAAGAAUUUUUUGGAAAGAAAGCAAGAAGCUCAACAUUAAUCCAUGAACAUCCUGAAACUUCAAGUCUGGCCUUAACACAUAGUUUAGAGUCUCCUAUUCAACAAGAGCGAUUUGUCUUCCCUAAGGAGGAAAAGGAUAAAACCCCAGAACUUUGUGAAACUCCUAAAAUCAGUGGGAGAACGUUUUUACCACGCAGAAGGUUGGACAUAUCUUUCUCUCUUCUGAAGGCAGAGUUUGAAUCACAAAAUAGUUCUCUCGAAAGUAGUGCAAGCCAAGUUCCUAAUUUAGAAAACAAAUUUCCAAGCAGUGCUUCAGCUUUUCCAAGGCGAAAUAAUUUUAGUUCUUUAGUCACUAGCACUUCAAAAACAGAAGAAGCGACUUCCAGCAGUCAAAAAUUGAGACUCAAUUUUUCUCAACAGAAGUCUUCCACGGUUGAUGAUUCCAAAGAUAACUGUGGCCUAUUUGAGGUUGAAUGUAUAUCUCCGAUUCAGGGCAAUAGUUUUAAAGACUCUAUCACACAUGACUUUAGCGAUAGCAGUCUGUGUGGUAAUGAUGAGAAUACAUAUCCCGAACUUCUGGGCUCCUCCGCUGGUGGAACAACUUGUGAAACAGAUGAGGACAUAUUUGUGACUCCAAUAAGUAAUCUUGUAGCAAAUGUUAAAUUUAAUGCAAGUCAAACUGAAGCUAGACGCAAUAUUUCAACACCUGAAGACAGUGGUUUUAACUCGCUUUGCUUGGACAAAUCAGAAGAUUCCCUCUCUGACCAAGAGGGUUCUUUUCAAGACCUACUUCAGAAAUAUAAGGGAAAUCUAAAAGCUGGGGACACCAUAAAAAAGUCAAGGCGUCUAAGAAGGUUGAGAAGACUGUCUACCCUUCGGGAGCAAGGCUCACAGUCUGAGACAGAAGAAGAGAAGCAGAUCAGCCACUCCGGCUCUGAAACAACACCAGCAGCUGCUUCAGAUACCUCAGAGGGUCAGCCCAGCAGUGACUGUAAGGGCAGGGAUUUGAGUUCAAGCUUUAAGAGUUUAUCAAAAACCCCAGCCUUGCAGUUAGUGCAUGAGCUCUUUAUGAAAAGCAAAAGAAAGAGAUUCCAGCAAAAUGGUGCACGUGGACUGUUAGAAGAAAGAGACGAGGGAAAAAUAGCUGCUCUACAACGUGUGCUUGCAGGACUGAUUGGGAAGAAAAUGGGUAUAGAAAAACUGGACAUCUUAACAGAAUUAAAAUACAGAAAUUUAAGGCAUAUUCUUGCUAUGGUUUUAGAUUCCUUGACUGCAGAAAGCCUAUGCAGUGUUUGGAAAGUGAGCAGAAAUUGGCGUGAAAUUAUUGCUCAAGAUAAAAAAGCAAAUCAGAGGAGGAAAUUUCAUAUCACACGACUGAAAGCAGAUUCCGAGGGGGCUGUAUUAAAUGUUGAGGAUGCUGCCACUCGGCUCCAUCUUUUAAAUCGAGCGGCUUUAAGGUCUGUGCAAGCACAGGCUAGGACACCAGGUUUUCAGAAAGAACAAGUUUCAACGUUUUCUCCUUGGGGAGACGUUUUGACACCUAUAGCAAGCUCUUCUGUUACUCACCUAAAUAGUAAACAGGAGGAAUAUGUUAAGGUUGCCAAAACACUUUUUAUUGAUGAAGCAUUAAAACCUUGCCCAAGGUGCCAAUCCCCUGCUAAGUACCAGCCUUAUAAGAGAAGGGGACUAUGUAGCCGCACAGCCUGUGGUUUUGACUUUUGUGUGUUAUGUUUGUGCGCUUAUCAUGGGUCUGAAGAAUGUAGCAGAGGAGCAGCAAAGCCAAGAAACAGAAAAGAUGCUCUUCCAGGAAGUGCCCAGAGUAAGCGGAAUUUAAAACGCCUCUAAAGACUUUCAGUGUAAAAGAAGCAUUGCCCCUAGGCAACAUGUCGUUUGUCUGACUUAAGAUUAUGAAUAUUUUGAAAGCAUGCAAGUCUUCCCAUCAAUGGCAGAUGAUGAUUUAGUUCCUAUUUUGUAUAUAGUAUGAUCCAUGUCAUUGUAUGUUUUCUUUGAAGUAGUGAGUUUUGAAAAGAAUCUCAUUUUACUAUGUCAUUUUUACUCAUUUUAAUAACUUAGUGUUUUUAAAUAAAGAAUUUUCAGUGUUAUGUAUGUAUUUAACUGUUUAAUGUAACAUUUAAAACGUGUACAUUUCAUCACUAUGUGUUGAAAUGUUCUUUCACUUUUCAAAAAUAGUUUGCCCAGUAAUAUUAAAAAAUUUGAAACUUGAGACAGAUGGCCUUAUAGGUUUCAAAAUUUUUGAAUAUUUGACUGAAAUGAAAUACAAAUAAAAUGUUUUCAGAAGUUCUGUUGAAUUUACUCUAUCAUCUCAAUCUUUCUCUUAAUUUACUGAGUAUCAUAUUUGAGCAGACUUCUGGAUAAAUAAAAUUUACCUACUAUUGAUAACUAAGAAGAUGUAAAAAGUAAAUUAUUAGCUAUAUGUGGUUAUUCACAAUGAGAGUCUUAGCUAAUAAAUCCCCAUAAGGCAACACAUAAAUAAGCUCUUGUACCUUACUACACAUGAAUUUUUCAGUAGUACAAUGCAGGGAUCUGGAAUCCUAUUGUUUUGUGUAUGGCAAUCACACUGCCCUCUCAGUGGGUCGCAUUUGUCAUCUUGUGGUUACCCAGUCCAUUUAGUGUAAUUACUUCAUUUCACUCUGGUGAUGAAAAAGUAGAUUUUGCCACAUUUAGUUGUAGACAUCAGUAAUCUACAUGUGUUCCCCUUUACUGCAUGUACUAUUAAAAAAUGGAAGUUCAGGUUUUAAAAAAACUUUUCCGCUUUAAAUUGGGUUGAGUAUUAUAAUAAAGUUGGUAUGAGUGAAUUAGUGUAAGGACCUGAUACCACAUAUUUAAAUGGGUUUAUAAUAAACAUAAAACUUCCUGAAGACAAGAUCAGAGUACGAAUUCAAAAAUUAAUUAAGCUAAUUCCAAACUUACUGGGAGGUUUUACAUUUUUGAUGAAGUCAGGAGGUAGGUAGGUUAACUAAAAGAAAAUCGCAUGGCAUUCAUGAAUAACUUGAUUAAACAAAGUCUCUAGCUAUCCAGAAAAUAAUCAUUGCUAGCCUAAUUAUUGUAAAUUAUUAUGUAUUAUAGUAACGGCUGGCGGAAUUACGCUGGCUGUUAUGUUCCAGUAGCAUUCUGUGCUUCUUCCUCUGUUGUGGCACUUAGUUCACUUUAUUUAAAUUAUCUCUGAUUUACUUUCCCCAUGAGACUGUAAGCUCUGUGAAGGUCUAGACUGUGUCUUAUUUCAUUUAAGUAUCAUUGCAUUCCCUAGCACCUAGCUUGUUGCCAGGCAACUAGCAAGUGCUCAAUAAAUAUGUAUUGAAUGAGGUGGUUUUU